AUGUUGACCCAGUUUGGGCGCCAUCUACAAACGCACCUGCCAAUAUCCUUUUGUUAGCCGGCGUCGGUAGCGUGUUAAGUCUACGUUUUGUGAUUGUUUUGAUAUUUUAUCUGUCUAAGAUGCCGCCAACCAGCGCGAAACGGUCACUGGAAGAGGCGGAAUCGGUUUUGGACGGCGUUAAGGCAAUCGUUUUGGACAUAGAGGGGACAAUCACGCCCAUAACAUUUGUGAAGGAUAAGCUGUUUCCUUAUGUCACAGAAAACAUUGAGUCGCACCUCACAUCAACAUAUGAUGAGGAGGAAACUCAAGAGGACAUAUCAGAUUUGAGAGCAUUAGCAGCCUCUGACAAAGAAAAUGGCGAAGAUGUGGUUGAAAUUCCUGAAGCAAAAGAUGACAACAAAGAUGAAGUGAUACAGGCAGUGAUAAAAAACGUCAGCCAUCAAAUGGACAAAGACAGAAAGUCAGCAGAAUUGAAAAAGCUUCAAGGUCACAUAUGGCGGGAAGGAUACCAGUCUAAGAAGUUGGAAGGAGAGUUGUUUGAAGAUGUUGGCCCUGUCUUGCAACAGCUGGGUGAAGAAGGCUUCAGCCUCUUCAUCUACUCCUCGGGAAGCAUCGAAUCACAACAGCUAUUGUUGACUCAUUCUACAGAUGGGGAUUUGAAUGAAAUUUUUGCGGGCUUUUUCGACACAACAUUUGGACCAAAAAAUGAAGCCGAGAGCUACAGAACUAUCAAAACAGAAAUUGAAAAGAACUGUGAAGCUGAUUCAGUGAAUUCAGAAGAAAUCCUUUUCCUGACUGACAAUCCUGAAGAGGCAAGGGCAGCCCGCGAGGCUGGUUGGCAGGCAGUUCUGGUGGACCGAUCCUUGGAGCAAGAUGAUGGCAUUGAGCUGGAUGAGGAGACCAGACAGAGCUUUCAGGUCAUAGAGAACCUCCACGACCUGUUUGGAGAUGAUGAUCUCGAUGAGAUGGAGGACUAUGAUGGACAGGUAAAGAGACCCAGAGUUGACGGCAAUGGAGAAUAUGACGAUGAGGAAGAUGAAGGUCAGGAGGAGGGUGAGGAGGAUUAUGGAGAUGAGGGAGGUGAGGGGGAAGAGGAGGAGGCAGGGGAAGAGGGGGGUGAGGAUGAGGAGGAUUAGAGCUCACCAUCUAUCACCACACAUCUCCAUCACAUACCCUUGACUCUUACAUCAUGUCAUUAGCAUUUGUCACUGAUCUAUUGAUUGAUUUCAUAUAAUGAUUUUGUAUGAAUAUAUGAAUUAGAAGAAUGACAUGUAUAUUUUCUGCAUUGACUAUUUAUAUCAUAACUGCAUUUUUAUACUUAACGCUUGAUGUUUAGUCUUUCUUGUUCAUUAAUGUGUUUAAAAGUUAAACGUAUCGAAGUAUUUGGAGCCAAGCAAAUUGUAAAACAUGUAAGUGUUUUUAAUGGAAUCCUCCAUUUUUUGCCUGUUGCCAUCUUUUCAUAUUUAUAUAAUGACAGUGAAGAAGUACUUGUAUUUUUAUCAGGGAUCAACAUUUGUAUGUGUUCUGAAAUGAUAAUGAGGGAGGGUAUGUUGUAGAAUUUUUCUGUAUAUCACUAAUGAGUUGUCUGUUUAUAUCUUCUUAGUUCAGGCAAGCCCUUUUCUAGGCUAAAUGAAUUUAUAAACAUGAUCCAUUCUGUUGAAUUGAACAAUUUAUUUUUUACUGAAACAUCAAAGAAUAAGUUUGAAUAAAUAAAUCGUAUUCUGUUGUCAAUUACCAUAUUGCAUUUGUUUGUGUUUUGUAUGGUGAAUAAUUGUUAUACAGUACAUGUAUAUACAUGUCUCAAGCACAUAAAAGUACCAAAUUUAUAUCAUAUGAAGUACAUGUAGUACCACAUUUGAUUGAUUGUAAAUAAAGGUUGCUUGCACCAGCACUUAUAUGUACCAAUAUUAUUGGAAAUGCAGAUUUAUGAAACUGAUUUCCAGAAUUGUACAUAAUUUUCACAUGUCAAUGAAUGCAAAUUUGGGAAUGUCUUCAUAAUCUUGCACAUGUUAAGAUUUGCUUUUAUUGUUCUCAUUGUUUCCUGUCUUUUAGCAUAUUUUGAACAAGUUUUUUUGUUUGUACACAUUUUGAAAUCAACAAAAAUUAUUAGUCAUUUGUUAAGAUUUAUACUGAAGCUUGCCUUUUUUUAGCACCUGUUUGUCUUCUCAUUAUUACAUUGAUGUAUUCCAAUGAAGAUUUAUUUCCAUGUUAACAUAGAGAUGUGUGCAUGCAUUUGUCUGUGUGUGACUCGUCUUGUGAAAGGGAAUCCGUUGUGAUUGUUGAUGCUGUAUUCAUACUGCUAAUGUUCAAACACAAAAGGUUUACAAAUUGCAAUUUAUAAAAGAUCAUGUAACAUUUUACUUUUAGUAUUUUUUUCCUUAUUAUAAAUGGCAAUUUUUUCAAUUUAUUAUAACAUGUUUUUUGAACGGUUCUUUACACCAAGCUUUUUAGAAGCAUUAUCGUUUAAGAGCUUGAGAUCUCCUCACCAUUAUAUGAGCCUCAUUCUGGGACUGGGCUUAAUCUUGUGCUACACUUGCAGCUUUCUAAACAAACAUUUAGUGUACGUCUUCUCCCUGAUUAGCUUGUGCAGACUGAACAGGCUAAUCUUGGAUGAAUUUUUAAGCAAAUAUGUCAAUUCCAAUGAUCCUAGAAGAAGGCUUAUAUUCUGAUUAAAUAAUGCAAUUAUCAUUUCUAGCAUUGUUCCUGGAGAACUGUUAUUAGGUCUUAUUGCUAAUUGGAGAUUAAAAUUGUAGUUCAAAUAUACAACAAUGCUGGACAUGAAGCUGAUCUGUUUUUGCCCAUCAGUUCUGUGUUUUGUUUAUGUCCAAUGAAGAUAUGUCAGAGUUUUUAGUCCUUUACAACAAAUAAUGAAUAGUUACUUUUAAUGAUUAGUACAACAAAUCUUAUUUAUUUACCAUACAAUUUGGUACCUUUUGCAUGCAAUUGUUGACAUACAAGUGUUAGGCGCCGCAGUGUGUGUUUAUUUGUUGCUGAAUGUUUGUUUGGGACUGAUAUUUUAUAGGAAAUCAUCUAGUUUUUGUCAUGGAAACUUCGAAGCAUAAAUCUUAUUUAAACUGAAGCAUAAAUCUUAUUUGAACUGAUA